AACCCCAUUUAAGGAACCAAAAGAUAGGAGCUUUAAAGCCAUGAGAAACAUACUGUGAACGCUUAAUCCAAUUCCCAUGUCGAAAUCAUUGCCUCUACGCAUCUCUCCAUUUUUCAUAGCUCGAAUCAAGCAAAACCACAAGCUUCUGAGCUCUUCUUUUUCUUCCUCUUCUUCAGCUCUUCAUGAAUCUUCUUCUGAAUCUUUUGAAUCCCCUUCUCUCGAUGCAGUUCAUAUGACUGAUAGUUGCAUCAAGAGAAUGAAAGAACUGCAAUCUUCUGACAAUAAGAUGCUUCGGCUGAGUGUUGAAACCGGAGGAUGUUCGGGGUUUCAGUACGUGUUUGAUUUGGAUGACAAAACAAACCCAGAUGACAGAGCUUUUGUAAGGGAAGGAGUAAAGUUGGUAGUUGAUGAUAUUUCCUAUGAUUUUGUAAAAGGAGCAACAGUCGAUUAUGUUGAGGAGUUAAUUCGUUCUGCAUUUGUGGUGACAACAAACCCCAGUGCAGUUGGAGGGUGCAGUUGUAAAAGUUCAUUCAUGGUGAAACUGUAGAUCUUUCGAGUACAAUACUCAUACUAUCAGUUCGGUUGAAGAUCUUAGGUUGGCCGAAUGAAUUCUCUAUGAGAUUUUUUCGUCAUGGCAUUUAUUUGGAUGAAAAAAUAAAAAGCAUACUUCGAUCUCCUAGUUUGUUGUUACCCGGAUUUGCGAUGAAUAUCAUAAUGUAAUGAAGCCUUGCUGAUCAUCUGUUAGCAAGGAAACUCAUGGUUAUGCUAACGAGUUUGGUUACUCUUUUGGUCUUUAUUCUCGAAUUGAUACUUUAUUAUCGUAUU